AUGAAUACAUCAACUGUAGCAUCGUUAGAAGCAUUAUUAAAGCUACGUGGGAGUUUGGAUCCCAAUGGUAUAACCGCAGACGCUUCCAUUUUAACCUGUGGGUGUGUUGUAUCCGAAUCUUUCUUUUUAUCCAACGUGGACAGUAACGGUAAAGCUGCAUGUCCUGACUGUUCAUCACCUCAAGUAUCAUUUUUAAGGCCCAUUAGACAAUUAAGGGAACUAUAUAAGAUCGUAUUGAAAUUACAGAAUGAAGUAAAUGAUAGCAGCUUAGCUAUUGCUAGUACUAGUGGUGGUAGUGGAGAAUUUAAAGCUCGUAGAAGGUCCUCAUCUAAAAAAUCCUUAAAAGAUGUUGAUAGGGAACAAAUGGAUUUAAUCAGUUUAUUUUAUAAAUAUGCUAAGGAAGAGACACAUCCUGACGUUGUUUCUUCUAUCAAUGCCAAUGUUGAUCCUAUAAACAUUGAAUUACCUAAUGACACUUAUACUAUUCCACCUAUCUCUCCUAGGAAAUAUAGUCCUCAAGAUAAGAAAUUAUCCCUUGAAGACAAAAUGUUAUCAACUUUAAGUGAAGAGAAAGAGUACAACUUCAGUAAAUGUUUCCCAUUCCACAGGAAAUUGACAACUUUCCAAACAUACCAAAAGAAUUUAUUCUUCAAAAAUUCCAUGUUAAAGAAAGGUCCUCGAUAUAAUUGUAGUUUCAUUCAUACUUCUACCGACCCUUUCACCGGUGAAGAUUAUACAAGAUUUGUCAUGAUGACAGAUAAAAGAUGGGAAUUGUAUGAAUUAUCCAAACAAGAUUCUUCCCCUAUAAUGAUUUGUUGUGGUAAAUCCAAUGGAGAAUAUGGUCCUUCGUUCGCAGAUUUAAAAGAAGAGUAUGGUCAAGAAAUCAUUAUUAGAAAUGAUUUUUCUGGACAAAGUGAUAACAAUGAUGAUAAGAAAAAACUUAAUAGUUGGGAAUUAUUAAAUUGUCAAAUAAAUAAUGAUUUUUUAGUUAUAAGUGGUACUAAAGGUAUCAUGAGAGUUUUCAAUAUUUCCAAAAAAUCAUUACCUCAUGAAAUGGGUAAACCACUUUAUACUUAUUUCACCAAUUUCCCCAUUAGAUGCAUUUCAAUCUCCCCAACUGAUGGAUUAAUAGCAUGUUCAAUUACCGCAAGAGAGAGAGUUAGUGGUAAAGAGCAACCAUUUAUCAUUUUACACAAAAUGAAUCGUUCCAAUUCAACCAGUAAGAUCAUUUCUUCUGUAGAACCGAUUACUAUAACUGUUCCAUAUAGAGAUCCUAUCAAAUUAAUUAAUUUCAAUGCUACUUCCACUCAUUUAAUUUGUUGCACAGUAUGGGAAUCACGUUACUUGAUUAUUCGUUUAAGAUCUUCUGGGUCAGAUAACUUCCGUAAACCAAGAUUGAUUUGGACUGAACAAUCUAUUGCUAAAGCUAGGAAGAGAAAAGAUUCAUUCUAUAAUGAUUCUGAUGGCGAAGAAGCUGUUGAUGAUGAUGCUUUAAUGAUGGAUAAUGAAGGAAUUACUGAUGUUCAAUUCGGAACUAUUCCUAAUACUAUAGUUUUAACUUCAUGUUCUUUACAAAAUCGUCCACCAGUUAUGUUAAGAUUAGAAGGUUCAUCAAUUGAUUAUUCAUAUAAUAGAAACUUAUCAGAUUCGAUAUCAUUAUCAUCAAGUACACAUUCCAAAAACGACGAUGAAGAUCAUGAAAUUACAAAUAUUCAAUCAUCAGGAUUACUUUUAAGAUUUCUGGAGAUUGGAUUCUCUAUUCAUAAAGUAGCUAUUUCUCCUCGUAGAGAUGCUUUGGCUUUCUUGGAUAAAGAUGGUAGAAUUUAUCUUGUAGCUAUUCCGAAUCACGAACUUUCAUUGAAUACCCCCAUUAAAAAAGUAGUAGUUCAAUUGGGUGAAGUAUCUAAUGCCGAAAGAUAUACUGAAUCGGGAUCAAUCAAAUUUUCUGCUGACGGUGGUAAAAUCUAUGUUACCGAUAGGAAAGGUACAUUUCUGAUUUUUGAUUUCACAAAAGGAAUUCCAGGACAAGAUUCUGAUGUGGUCAAAUGUAAAAUUAUCAAUGUAUAA